AUGUUCCUGCUGCUGCUUGGCGCCCUGCAAGCCACAGAUAUCCAAGAGCAAGAAGUCAGAGCGCUGGUGGGCAGCGACGUCGAGCUCAGCUGCAUUUUCCCCGAAGGACACACUUUCGAUUUAGAGGACCUUUAUGUGUAUUGGCAAAUCAGCAUCUUGGGCCACCCGACGACCGUGACGUACUACCUCUCUGGGAAUAGCUCGGCCGGCCUUGAGGACAACCGCUACAGAGACAGGGCCUGGCUCGUGCCCGAGAGCAUGAAGCACGGAGACUUCUCCCUGCAUCUCUACAACAUCACCCCCCAAGACGAACAGAAGUUCAGCUGCCUGGUGUUUAGGAAAUCCUUGCAGUUAAAAAAGAUUUUGGACGUGGUGGUGACGUUGCACGUGGCAGCAAACUACAGCAUGCCCAUGGUCAGCAUCCCAAGCGGCCUUCACGAGGACGAGGAGCUCACAUUCACGUGCACGUCUACGAAUGGCUAUCCAAAGCCAAAUGUGUACUGGAUCAACAAGACGGACAACAGCGUGCUGACCGAGGGCCUGCAGAACAGCACGGUCUUCUUGAAUGCACGGGGCCUAUAUGAUGUGGUCAGCGUCCUGCGGAUCAGGCGGACCCCCAGUGUGAAUGUCGGCUGCUGCAUAGAGAAUGUCCUUCUGCACCAAAACCUGACUGGCAUCGGCCAGGCAGAAACGCCCAGGGCAACCAAACCCAGCAACACGGGGAGCCACACCGGCGUCCACAGGAAGGGCCACGGGACGGUGCUGAGCGCCCUGGCCGUGCUGGGCGUGGUCGUGGUGGUGGCCGCGGCUGCCGGCAGCAUGUGCAGAAGCAGGUGCCCCCACGGGAUCCACGCCAGGUGCCAGGCUGCAAGGCCAGAGCAGGCAUUCUCUGACUACGUUUGACAGGAACUCACCGCCCGGGAGGUGGACAGGGCUUCUGUGAGAUGCCACCAGGAGGGACAGCGGACAGCAGCUUGAGAAUUGACUCGGGCAAGGCCUGGUGGCCAAGGGGGACCAUCUGCCCCCAUCGGCACCAUUAACAAGGGGGCUUCGUGGACACGGGGCCUCUCCGGCCUGAAGGACACGCAGGACUGUGCCUGACCCCAAGGAGAAUGUUCCAGGGGCUGCCCCAAUCCUGGAAUGAGGACCUUUCGAGAGAGUCAGCAGCUCCAGAACACACAUGCCCCCCAUGUGGGCAGGCUCCCCAGCUCUGGGGCUUCGUGAUGGCUCCCUCUCCCACCGCCCCCCUGCAGCCCAUGGGGCCCUUCUCAAUAUCCAAAACCUGCGGGGGGUUUGGAGAGAUGGAGGUUUUCUGAGACCAGAGGAGGUCGUCUCAUUUAGGAAGAAGAGAGAGGGUGCGGGCUUUUCCGCGACUACCCUGCUGGGUGAAGGUCACUCAAGGGUGUCUGUGGGACACGUAGGUGCAGGACUCCCACCCCACCUGCACCCCAAGAUGUAGGACCUGUGUGUCUGCACGUGUGUCCAGGAUGCAGGAAGUGGUCAACACUGCAAAAUCCCUGAAUGACUCCUGGGAGUUUGUGUUUCUCCGGGAUCUUCACUGGGAAGAAAGCCCGACCUUGUUUGUUUUGGUCAAAAGCUGGAUUUCCCUCCUAAAAAGACAGUGGAAUUUUUCAAGAAGACAGUCUGCUGCUGGGGCCACCAUGGCAGGAGCCGCGGCCUCCAGGGAAACCCAGAAACUCGCUCAGGCAGGAUUGGGAGCUCGAGUCUCCGGUGGACACGGGCUUCGCCAGGUGGCCAUCGAGGGCCUUCAAAGUGGCGCCAUGACCUGCAUGGAGGAGGCGUUCUCCCGGCAGAGCGGCAGCCGGUCAGAAUGUGGCGCUAAUUCCACCCAUCCUCUGCACCUGUCACCCCUGCCCCCCCCAGAACCCCCCCAGAACUGUUUACCAGGCUCCUCGGAGCCCCCCGGGCCCAGCAACGGACAGCAGAGGUAUGCGGCCCACAGCUCUGAAGGUUUCCAUGUUGUGGCCCCAAAUGAAUCUAGCCACUUGUGUUUCCAGAAGGUUCUGUGAAGGAGGCUGCCAGGUCACGCGGGUGUGCGCACCCCGUGGGAAACGCAGCCUGUCGUCCCGCCUGUGAUCACUCAGCCCUGGUGGGCGGGCGUCAGAAGCCUGCAGGCCCCAGACCCGGACCGGGACAAACACGGGGACCAGGCUCAGGGGCGGAGCUGUUAUAAGAAAUUGUUCGUUGUCUAUUUUUGUGCCCAGAACUCCUCACACGGCUGUGACAUGAGUGUGGGGAGACUCAUGAGCAUCAGACCACGUGAAGCAUUAGAAGGGACGUGUCGCUACAGAGGGACGGGGUCACGGGCAUCCGGAGCAAAAAGCACAAGUGACCACCGGGUGUGGAAGGGCGUGCGGAGCCCUCCUGCAGCUCCCCUGCAGCAGACCCUGCUCGCCGGGCGCCCACCCAGGCAGGACCCCGGGGUCUCGUUGCGGCUCCUUCGGGUCUGGGAAGAUGUACAGUGACCCUUCGCCCCUCAGCCUGGACAUCACCGUCCGCUCCUCAUGCUGUGCUUUGGGCAGGCCGGAGGCCAAUGUUCUCGUGUCUGCUUCUGGAAACCCGAUUUACAAGAAUACAAGA